AUGUGGAUCAAUGACAGGGAUGGUUUGGAGACAGCUCUCGGCAACCGGAUUCUCGUCUGUUUCAACUUCACCAUGUCACCACACGUUGAGGAAGGGUCAUUGCCCUUAAGGCCUGCCAAGACAAAUCGCAACAUCCCUCUAGUCGCUUCACCCUGCGCUCCAGAACUUUUCGGAUGGCCUAGCAAAAAUGAGGGCGGAUACCGCAUCAACGAGCAGCCGAUGGGUACGAAGAGAGACAUGAGAAUCAUCGUGCUAGGCGCGGGCGCCUCGGGUAUCAACUUUUGCAAGACCGCUGAGGAGGACCUCGAAAAUGUCGAGAUAGUGUGCUACGAGAAGAACAACGAUGUUGGCGGUACCUGGCUAGAGAACAAGUACCCGGGCGUCGCGUGCGACAUACCCUCGGUGAAUUAUCAAUUCACCUGGGAGCCACACAUCUGGCCCGAGUACUACUCUUCCGGCCACGAGAUCUGGAAGUACCUUAGAGGUAUUGUGGACAAGUACGAGCUGAUGCGCUACAUUCGGCUGCAGCAUUCGGUCAAGGGAGCAGAGUGGAUAGACGAGAAGGGCCAGUGGCGCGUUACGGUGCAACGCCCUGACGGCACGACUUUCGAUGAUUACUGCGAGGUGUUCCUGAACGGUGGAGGUAUUCUGAAUAAUUUCCGCUGGCCGAACAUUGAAGGUCUCCAUUCCUUCAAGGGAAAGCUAAUGCAUACCGCGCAAUGGGACACAGAAUACGACUUGACGGGAAAGAAAGUUGGCGUGAUUGGUGCCGGAAGCAGUGCUGCUCAGGUUGUCCCUAGUAUUCAGCCAAUUGUCAGCGAACUGCACAGUUUUGUCAAGUCGCCAACAUGGAUAACUGCCGGGUUUGCCCAGAAGUAUGCAGGCCCAGAUGGAGGAAACUUCCAAUACACUGAAGAGCAGAAGAGACUACUAAAAGAGAACCCGAAGCUUUAUCUACAUUACGCCAAAAUGAUCGAAGCCGAGAUUGGUCAACGAUUCCGAUUCCUCAUGAAGAAUGGCCCAGAAGCCGUUGAGGCCAAGCGGUUUUCAGAAUCGGAGAUGCGCGGGAAGCUCAAAGGAAACGAGACCAUCGCUGAUGCAAUCAUCCCCAAAGACUUCAACGUUGGCUGUAGACGGCCAACCCCAGGCGAAGGUUUUCUAGAAUCGCUGGUAGCGCCCAACACCACAGUACACACCAAGCAGAUGCAACGCGUCACCGAGACUGGUUUCGUUGAUCACAACGGAAGCCAUCAUGACCUGGACGUCAUUAUCUGCGCCACAGGCUUCGACACUAGCUGGGUGCCACGUUUCCCCGUCAUCGCGAACGGGAAGAACUUGCAAGACGUCUGGCGGAAGAACACGCCGGUGUCAUACCUGGCUGUUGGUGUACCGGAAUUCCCAAAUUUCUUCAUGUUUGCGGGUCCAUAUGGCCCCCUGGCUGUUGGAUCUCUGUUGCCCAUCAUCGAGCACUUCACGAAGUACAUCUGCCAGGCGAUCACCAAGAUUCAGUUGGAGAAUAUUAGGUCCCUGGCACCCAAGAUGACCGCUGCUCUCGCCUUCAAAGAACAUCACGAUCUCUACGUGAAGCGCACUGCCUGGUCCGGCCCAUGCUCGUCUUGGUUCAAGAAGGGUGACCCCAAUGGCACUCUCACGAUGUACCCUGGCUCCCGUGUCCAUUUCUUCGAGACACUGAAGACACCACGAUAUGAGGACUAUGAUAUUUCCUACUUGAGUAGCAACCAAUGGGCCUUUCUCGGAAAUGGGUUUCAUGCACGAGAGUUUGAUGGUAGAGACACGACAUAUUGGAUGGGAUUGUUGGACGGCCAAGAUCGCCAGCCAGAGUUUGAUGCGAACAUAUUGCCCCGAGUUGCCUGA